AUUGGCUGCAGCCUCUCUGCUCUGACACGUGAUUCGUAGAUCAGAGCUGUUGCUGUUUUCAGGAAAUGAAACUCAUACAGUCACUGUGACCGAGAGGAGGAAUGGAGCAGAACCAGCUGGACCGAGAAACCUUCUCCUGUUCGAUCUGUCUGGGUCUACUGAAGGAUCCGGUGACUAUUCCCUGUGGACACAGCUACUGUAUGAAGUGUAUUAAAAACUUCUGGGAUGAAGAGGAUCAGAAAGGAAUCCACAGCUGCCCUCAGUGCAGGGAGACCUUCACACCGAGGCCUGUUCUGAAGAAAAACACCAUGUUAGCAGCUUUAGUGGAGCAGCUGAAGAAGACUGGACUCCAAGCUGCUCCUGCUGAUCUCUGCUAUGCUGGACCUGAAGAUGUGGCCUGUGAUUUCUGCUCUAGAAGAAAACUAAAAGCCAUCAAGUCCUGUUUAUUUUGUCUGGCCUCUUUCUGUAAGAAACACCUUCAGCCUCAUUAUGAUUCAGCUGCAUUUAAGAAACACAAGCUGGUGAAGCCCUCCAAGAACCUCCAGGAGAACAUCUGCUCUCGUCAUGAUGAAGUGAUGAAGAUGUUCUGUCGUACUGAUCAGAAGUGUAUCUGUUAUCUCUGCCCUGAGGAUGAACAUAAAGGCCACGACACAGUGUCAGCUGCAGCAGAAAGGACUGAGAGGCAGAGAGAGCUGGAGGUGAGACGAGAAAACAUCCAGCAGGGAAUCCAGGACAGAGAGAAAGAUGUGAAGCUGCUUCAACAGGAGCUGGAGGCCAUCAAGCACUCUGCUGAUAAAACAGUGGAGGACAGUGAGAAGAUCUUCACUCAGCUGAUCCGUCUCAUCCAGAAAAGAAGCUCCGAUGUGAAGCAGCAGAUCAGAUCCCAGCAGGAAACUGAAGGGAGUCGAGUCAAAGAGCUUCAGGAGAAGCUGGAGCAGGAGAUCACUGAGCUGAAGAGGAAAGACGCUGAGCUGAAGCAGCUCUCAGACACAGAGGAUCACAACCAGUUUCUCCACAACUACCCCUCACUGUCAGCACUCAGUGAGUCUACACACUCAUCCAGCAUCAAGAUCCGUCCUCUGAGCUACUUUGAGGAUGUGACAGCAGCUGUGUCAGAGCUCAGAGAUCAACUACAGGAUAUCCUGAGAGACGCAUGGACAAACAUUUCACUGAGCCUCACUGAUGUGGAUGUUUUACUGCCAGAACCAGAACCGAAGAGCAGAGCUGGAUUCUUGAGAUAUUCAUGUAAAAUCACACUUGAUCCAAACACAGCAUACAGUUAUCUGUUACUAUCAGAGGGGAACAGGAAACAACAUCUGGACCUCCAUCUCAGGUCCUGGUUCCUCCAGAGUAGGAGUGUACCUGGAUCACAGAGCAGGUAUUCUGUCCUUCUACAGCGUCUCUGAAACCAUGACUCUCCUCCACAGAGUCCAGACCACCUUCACUCAGCCGCUACGUGCUGGAGUUUGGGUUUGGAUCACUGGAGGUUCUGCUGAGUUCUGUAAACCC